AUCCAACAGAAUUUAAAAAGUCAAAAAAGAUAAAGUAUAUAAAAAUAGAAUUCAGAAAAGGGUUUAAGUGGGAAAAUUGUUUAUAGCGAAAGAUAAAAACUCUGCGUGAGACGUAAGCUCCAUCCUGCAUAGUAUAAUUUUUAGUGAGAGAAAAUAUAGACAGAGAAGCAGCCUCAGAGAUGUCUGCAACUCAAGAUGACGAGAAGAAGCCUGGUGAUCAAUCACACAUAAAUCUCAAGGUCAAGGGUCAGGAUGGCAAUGAGGUGUUCUUCCGUAUUAAGAGGUCUACCCAAUUGAAGAAACUUAUGAAUGCUUAUUGUGACCGACAGUCUGUGGAAUUCAACUCUAUUGCUUUCUUAUUUGAUGGGCGUAGACUUCGGGCAGAGCAAACCCCUGAUGAGUUGGAAAUGGAGGAUGGUGAUGAAAUAGAUGCUAUGCUUCAUCAGACUGGAGGUAGUAUGGUCUAGAUCUUGCUGUUCCUCAAUAUAAAGAAAUUUUAGGUUAUUUUCAGAGAUUGGUUUUGUUUAAAACCAUGUCUACAUCUACUCUAUUUUAACUUAAUAUGUCUAGUAUCAAUGUUUGCUCGUCUGAGCUCUGUUUGCGUUGUCCCCAAGCGCAGCGUAUCCUUAUUUUACUUCGAAACUACUGUGUUUUUAUGUAUAUUCCAAUUAUCGCGUGGUUUGAACAUGUUUUUUUUCUGGUCUAUUGAAAAUAUUCUGGGAUAUAAAAAUGUUACUGUGCUCGGAAUUAUUCUUGUUGAUGAUUUAA